GUGAAAACUUAGACCAUAUUAUCUUGCCAAACCUUUUUCCUGGUAAGUCUGAAAUCGUUCCUGUUACUCAUGAUGAGACCAUCCUUUAUGCAAAUGAUGAUAUAAAUAAGUAUUGGAGCCCAAUAGAUGAAUAUAGCCUACGAAAAAAUCACAA